UUUCCACAGCCCAACAGCCUUCCGUCUUAUCUGGAACUCGGCCAAGAUUAAAACUUGAAAUUCUACCUAUUAUGUAAUUUCCCUUUCACAAACAGCCUUAACCCAGGGACCAAACUCCAAAGUAGUCAGUGAGAUAGUAGAUCCUUUCUGAACAUGAGCACGGGACGAGUUUUCAUCUACGGCGGCCGUGGGGCCCUCGGAGAUACUUGCGUUUCUUACUUCAAAAAUAAAAAAUGGUGGGUAGGUUCAAUAGAUCUGAAGGAGAACGAAAAGGCCGACGCUAACGUGUUGGUGGAACCAGAAGAAGGCUGGCUCCAACAGGUGCACACUUGGAUUUUUUUAAACAAAUUAAUUAAACAUAUAUAUUUUUUCUAUAACCGAUUUACAUCUUUAAAGGAAUCGCAAGUCCUGAAAGAAGUUUCCUCAGUUUUGGAUGGAAAUAAACUGGAUGCUGUCAUCUGCGUAGCAGGUGGUUGGGCAGGAGGAAACGCUGCUUCCCCUGAUUUUGUCAAGAAUGCUGACAUGAUGUGGAAACAGAGUGUCUGGAGUUCUACGAUAGCCGCAUCAGUGGCUGCUAAGCAUUUGAAACCUGGAGGAUUUCUCUCUCUGCCUGGCGCAUUCCCUGCUAAACAAGGAACACCUGGAAUGAUCGGCUACGGCAUGGCAAAAGCAGCCGUUCACCAGUUGACAAAAUCCCUCGCCGGGGAGAAGAGCGGCCUCCCUGAAAACGCUCUCGUUGUUGCAACCUUGCCUGUGACACUUGAUACACCUAUGAAUCGCAAGUGGAUGCCCAAGGCGGACACUUCAACAUGGACUCCUUUGGAAUUUAUUGCCGAGACAUUUUACAAUUGGUCAACAGGAAAGAACCUACCAAAAAAUGGCAGCCUCGUUUCAUUGGUCACUAAGGAUAAUCAAACUACUCUUACUUUUGAAUAAAUAAUUAUUAUUCAAAAUAAAGAAAAUUUUAGUACUUCCAUUUCUUUAUUUGUGAUAUAUUUUGUAUGCUAAGGGUAAAGGAUAACAGAAACAUCGAUCUGAUUUUUGUUAAAAGCUUAUUAUUAUCAUUAUUUUUUAUCAGUGAGUUUAAAACUACUUGUUAAUAUUGGUUUUAUUAUUUACAUCGCCAAAGUCCUAUAAUGUAUGUUGUAUGACAAUAAAUGUUGUGAAGCAUC